CCCGUUUGAAACCCUAACUCCCUCCCCUUCCACUUCAGUGUUUCCACAAGCGGCGUCCAUUGUUUCCACAAGGAAAAUGGCAGUCCCCUUGCUGUCCAAGAAGAUUGUGAAGAAGCGUGUCAAGAAGUUCAAGAGGCCUCAAAGUGACCGCAAGAUCUCCGUCAAGACGAACUGGCGAAGGCCCAAGGGUAUUGACUCCCGUGUUAGAAGGAAGUUCAAGGGAUGCACUCUUAUGCCAAAUAUCGGUUAUGGCUCAGACAAGAAGACUCGUCACUAUCUUCCCAAUGGGUUUAAGAAGUUUAUUGUCCAUAAUGUCCAAGAGCUUGAGCUUCUCAUGAUGCACAAUAGAACAUACUGUGCUGAGAUAGCCCAUGACGUUUCGACAAAGAAGAGGAAGGUAAUUGUUGAGCGAGCAGCGCAGUUGGAUGUUGUUGUGACAAAUAAAUUGGCUAGGCUGCGCAGCCAAGAGGAUGAGUGAAUGGUAUAUCGAUCUUGAAUGUUGGUUUUGCUUUUCAGUACGAUAUUUGAUCGUUUAGUAACUUGAGGAAAUUUGGAUCAAAUGGUUUGUUUUUUCUUUCUUUCUUUAAUUUCAUGUUUUUAUUUCACUAUUAAGACACCCACCAUCCAUUAAAGAAGGUAGGGGUAUAGUUGGAACUAGAAAACCGCUUAGAGCACAUGCUUUGUUAUGGAUGCAGAAAUAAUGUCUUGAACAGAUUAGAAAGAUUGAAUUGAGGG